GUUCAACCUUGGAAGGAAGGCCUUGAUGCAGUAUCAGUAUACUCGGGAAAACUUAAUUCUCAGUCUCUUAAAAGAAACGCCCUUCGACCCGUUGAUACGGGGUUUCGAUCAACAAACUUCUCGUUGAAUGAUUUCCUAAAUUGAAUUCCGCUCAUAAACCCAAUCAUGUCGCAGACUUAUAUCGAAGUCAUUGGCAAGAGUAUUCUCAGCGACGAUCUUACGCAGAAGUUGACCGAUGCAGAUACCAAUCAGCCCGGAGAUCCCAGGGGGGCUAUUGAUGCCUUUCUCGGGAAGUGGACUGUCCCUUUCAAUGUCAUCGUAUACCUUUCCUUCAUUAAGACAUUAUUGAUCUAUACCAACGACGACGAAGAGAUUUGUGGCGCAUUCUUGACACUAUUGCCAGACGCGACUCCGGAGGAUCUUGCGAAAGAACUUUUUCCGCAAGACAAACUUGAUACGUUGCUAGCCUCAGAUUCCAACACACUCCCAGAUAAUUUGACUACCAAUGAUGUGAACCAAGUACGGGCCAGGUUUCUUGCUGACCAGCCACUCGUCAUUAUUCUUGUUAUGAUCAGAGAUGAUGGCGACUUUACCCUCGAAGAUCGGCCUCGUACCAUCAUAGUACUAAUUUUAGAAUUGAUGGUUAAGCGUCAGGCCAAACUUGGUUCUGCUGAGCUGGUCAGCAUGUUGAAGGAGAAUUUUCCGCAGGAUGAUUCCCCGUUGAACGACAAAGAGAUCGCCUCCGCUUCUACGUUUGUCAGACGUGUAAAGACUCUCUCGUAUCUCGUUGAAGACCCAUUGGAUAUUCCUCGUCUUUACGACUCCAACUAUCAUUCCAUUCGAAGUAUCACAAGCAAGUCGAAGAACGAUUUCAAAUCUGAUCUGCACAGCGCAGGCGCAUCGACCGCGAACGCUCUAAAAAUCCACGAUUGCGCUGAGCGUGUUGACUGCUGGAAUGAGCAACUCUGGUUGGCGCUGAUGAAAGCAGGCAAGGCUGAUGUGGCAGAUAGUAUGAUACCUCAGCCGGAGGGCGAUGACACAGAUUCAACGAACGACACUGUAAAGCCAACUCGGCCCUUAGCAAGCCUUAGCGGUCCUCCAGAAUCUUGGAAUAACUUGACAGACAUAUUUCGUCUCGAAAAUCUUGCGUGUGAAGAGUGUUGCUCCAUAACUUCCAUGUCUGCUUAUUUUGCAGAUCUCUUGAACUUGUUAAGCAACACUACACCUACAGGUGGAACUAAGGCAACAACCAAUGAUACAACUGCCAGUUCGGAUUCAGGAACAAACAGCACCCUCCUAGACUUGCUCUCGGCUCGGCGCCCAGAUCUUACAAAAUUAGAGCUCAGCUGCGCAAACUCACAAACCUUGAUUCCCAAUAUCAACCUUGUUAAUGAAGUACUCGAAUCGUUUAUUCGCUACAAGAGUCAAUCUUUGCUGUCUGAAUCAGCUUCCGACGACCAAGAUUGUAUUCUUGUUUUUAAUACACCUGCAGAUGCCUCAGAUGAUUGAAUGUACCCGUUCACCUGCUUCCCAUAUGAUUAUACAUGGUCAUCUGUCAAAGAAUAUUUCAACAUAUUCCAGAUACCUUACACUCAACUGAUCGAGGUAUUUCAAGCACCUGAGCUUCUCUUCGAGAAAAUAACACAAGUCGCGCGUGAUAAACUCUCUGAAGAACAGAGAAUUGGGCUGCUUCGUGGAUCGGCCGAGGUGUUGAAAAGACAAAAUGCGGCAUCAGUUCUGAAUUUACACCAAAAAGAGUUUGCUGCCAUCGCAGGUGAAACUUUCUUCCCUGCCUGGUUUGCUGCUUGGCUCGAAGGAUUGGCAAGUGAUAUCGUACCCAUAGCUACAGGACCACCGGAAGGUGAUACUGCCACACAAUGGGGCUACGAGGAUGAAGAUACAAUGCUAGAGUCCACGAACGAACUUGGUUUAACAUAUAUUAAGCAACAGCUUAUGAAAAGAUCAGGGCUAGAUUUUCCCGACAUCCUAGACUUGGUCAAGACUCAGCUGUUCGGAAAAGACCUAGUGAUCAUCAACAAAACCGGAUCGAAAGAGUUCAGUACUUUCAUCGACGACCUCAGACUUCUCGCUAACGCAUCAGAGCCGCCGUUUCAAAGCCUGAACACUACCAUAUGCCGAGACCUUCAGUCUUUUUUACGCCUAAAAGCUAAACUUGGAUGGUCGACGAGGGAUCUUGAUGCGGCUAUCUAUCGCUUACGUAAUAAUGAGAUGACGCUCUCUCCGGAUUUCAAGGGGACUACCGCUCCCAAUACGCGACCCAUCUCAGUCUACGUUCUCAAUGGAAUUGCGUCUAUUGUCAAGUUAAGCAAUUUAUGUGGGAUUGAACCCGCCGCUCUACUUCCAUUGUGGGGUCCUAUCGAUGCCUUUGGCAAAGAUUCGUUUCUUUACCGCAAAUUUCUCCGUCCUUCUUUAGGGAAAGUUUUUGCAAUCCCAAAAGACGGCGAAGAAUUCUUCGAGCCAGGCGGCACAAAGUUUCAAAUUUAUGCAUGCGGUACAAGUGUAUGCGCGAGUUUAAAUUGGCCAUUUCAAUAUCUCAGAGAUCUUCUUGAAGCUACAGGUUAUUCUGAUUCUCAUUUGACUGUCGGCACUCUAUCAAAACUUUACCGCUAUACUACCAUCUCCCAAAUUUUGUCUGUUCCCGCCACAAAAUGUGCUCAAUUUUUUAAACUCUUUUUCGACGAAGCGAAGGAAAAUCCUUUGUCAAGCCCUGAAGUCACAUUUGAAGUGCUAGACAUGUGGAAAAAGCUGUUGAAUUCAAACUGGACAAUUGAAUCACUUCUCGAUGUUUUUGAGACUGCCCAGCUUGAAGAUGUCCAGGAUAGCUCGGGGCUACAACUCACCAGAGCUAUUUUGGAAGGGACCGUGGAUCUGAAAAAGUCACUUUCAUCUAUUUCUACAGUUGACAUUCCCACUUCAGAAACCGUUGUCGACUGUGUUGGGCGAACAUUUGAUGCAACAACAGCGAGUACAAUUCUAGGAUUUAUUGAGGGCACUCAAAUUCUGACAGGCUAUGCCACACUUUCAAACAAGGCGGCCCUUGACUCACUCGUUUCCCUAGCAAAGGACUGGCCGAACAAGGUUUCGGUCAUUCCUUCUAUUGAAGGAAAGAUAUAUUCUGCUCAAAUAAAGCUCUGUGGCAUAUUGACUUCAAGUGAAAAAACGAAGAUCUUGGACGGAAGCAAAGACUUUCCCGCAAUCAAUGCUGCACUCGUUACUUUGGUGGCGACUUCGCUGUUUCCACAGAACAUUAUCAAAUCACGUUUUGAGAACAAUCCCGACUCCAGUGGGAAGCUACAGAACAAUGUUCUUCUGGAUGAUUGGGAGGAGCCACCGUCUGAAUCCUCUGAUUCUUCUUCUCCAAAUGCAUCUUCUAUUGCCGCAGAAAACUAUCUUCGGAAUCGCAGAGCAGCUUUUAUUGACUUGGCUAAGCCUACCAUUAUCCAAGAUCUCCUUACUUCUCUCAUUCUCAACUCUACCAAAGACCAGAUAAUCGACGUUGAUGUUUCGAUCAUAGCAAGCCUUGUUUCAGACGUCGUAAAAGUCCCAACUAAGGACAACAGCGGGCUCGAGUCCGCUAUGACCGCUCUACAGAGUCUCAGCGUGCCCAUCGAAAGCUCGAUUCAAGUGAAUCUGGACGCGUAUUUCACACCUACGACCACUGAUGAUUACACAAUACAUUACACGGGAACCAGUACUAACCCCGAGAUAACCAUUAACGGACUCAAGAUGCCCUAUGAUUCAUCUGCAAACACGUGGAGCCAAUUUCGUAUGAUCUCUGGUCAAGCAUAUCUCUUGCAAGCCGAUUUUGAUUCUUCUCAAGUUUCUUGGUCAACAUGCAGAUCGAUGCCCACACUUUUUACCGACGAAGAACUCUUAUUAUCGGCAACAGUUCAGCGAACAACGAGUGUCCUUGAAGCAAUUCGCAAGGGAUAUUGCGCCUUGAGAGAUACUUGUAUCCCUAGCACUAAAGACGACAAUCUUAUGAGUCUAUUUUCAUGGCUGUCUAGCUCAACUGAUGCUGAUGCAAGCAGUAUUGUAACAAAAAUCGCGGCAAGCACAGGCUGGAAUAACACGCUAGUAGAAAGCGCUUUGGACCAAAAAUAUCCGAACUAUACCGCAGGAAAUCUGAUGACAACGUUACGCAAUUAUGAUAACUUCUCGGGCCUAAACGCAAUUGUGCAGUUCUAUGACAGCCUUGGCGGUGUAUCUGACAUCAACUCCAUGCCACCAAUCGCCGAACUCUUUAAUCUAGCUAGGCCUGCGCAACAGCUAGAUAACGCAGACUCUUACGUUCAAGCUGCACAAGACCUCCAGAAUAGAUUGACCGCCGCGCAACAAGAAAACUUUGACGAUGGACUCAUGCAGACCCAGCGCGCUGCGCUUGUGAAUUACCUAUUGCAACAAGACUACAUUAAAGACCUCAAUAUCUGGGACGCCGAUGGACUCUUUGAAUACUUCCUUGUUGACGUGCAAAUUGGUCCACAAUUGCGAACAUCACGUGUUAAACAAGCAAUUUCGGUAGUGCAGUUAUAUACACAGCGUUGUUUGCUGGGGCUCGAAGAGGACGUCGCGAUGACAGAUGUGCGACGUGAUAAGUGGGAUUGGAUGCAGCAAUAUACCCUCUGGGAAGCUAACAGAAAGUUGUUUCUUUAUCCAGAGAAUUGGAUUGAUCCAAUGCUUCGAGAUGAUAAGAGCCAGUUAUUUGAUCAAUUUGAGGCUGCAUUGCUUCAGAAAGAUCUGAGUAUCGAUACGGUUUUGCACGCCAUUCAGAACUAUGUGUAUGGUUUGAAUGAAAUCUCGAAGCUUGACAUUGUUGCAUAUGUCCACGAACCCGAAUUUAAGGAAGCUGAUAUAUUCCAUUUUUUCGGACGGACUCGUACUGCGCCAUAUUCGUUUUAUUAUCGUACUGUUACUAUUUUGGCAACAAGUGAAAUAUUCUGGCAGCCGUGGGCCAAGAUUGACAUGGAUAUUCCUUCUAUCGAAACAGAAUGGGAAGGCCAUCGCCUCGACAAUGUUGGCAGCUAUCUGCUUCCCGAGAUAAUUGGUGGCCGACUUUAUCUUUUCAUGCCGUCAAUCAUGCCGAAGUCUUUAGCUACGAAUAUAGGGGACAAUCUUAAAGGUGUCGCCACUUUCGACGAUUUACGAGGACAAUCGCCUAAUAUAGCGGCCCCUGAACGUGUAUGGGAGAUUUCAAUGGGUUGGACUGAACUCAUCAGGGGCAGCUGGGCACCCAAGCGUGUAUCAGCAGGGACUCUUACUGUGGGUUUGGCAGCUUCUGCAUCACAAUUUCGAGUUGAACCAACUUUUGAUGAUAACAAGAUGACGAUGAAGAUAAACUAUUCAACAAUAGGAAAUACUGACUUUAACGAAAUUGGCAGCUUCAUAUUCUUCAACGAUCAGAUCAGUACAAUCAGCAGUGACUCAACAACAUCUGUCUCAGGCAACUUUCCAACUUACUUCCAGAAGGUGCUAGGUAAAGGCAUCAAACAAGUUGCGCUGUCUAUUGAUCCCCCUGACCCAGACAAGCCUUUGAUUUGGGUACCGCAUGAUUUAACAUCCUACAAUCAAAAUGACCUCACUUGGACUUUGUCGAAAACACAACAACGAGUCACAGCCCUUGUAGUCACCACAAUAGAUAGUGAUGGUAUGAGCUUGAGCCGCUUUAAUAUGCCAAGAACAGAGCUCACCCCGACGGAUGGACAUCAAUGGACUUCCCAAAGAGUGAUAGACGAUAUGGAGCUAGUUCAGCUGGAUCAUUCGUUUUCUCAUGAACUCAUGGAACACACCACCGACCGUGUUGACCCACUGGGAAAUCUUUAUAACAAUCUAGCUAAAACACCUGCAGACCAGUUAAAAGAACGUUACGGAGCCGGCAGUCAAAACGCAUCGUACCACGAACUGGGUCGUCCAACCGCUAUUUAUAACUGGGAGAUUGGCAUACACGCUGUUUAUCUAGCAGUUGAUCGGUUGUCAACUACACAGCAAUAUGACGAAGCACUGCAAAUUGCGAGACUUGUUUUUGAUCCAUCAGUAUCUGUGCAAGUAGACAGAUCUGAUGGCGAAAAGACAAUAAGCACUAAAACCUGUUGGAAAUUCCCACCCUUCCAAGAUAUGGCUUGCAUGAUGGCGAAUAAAGGCGAAAGCUCGUUUGACCCUCUGGAUCUGGCAAACCUGAAAAAGGAGAUCGAGCUUGCUAUCAAAGAGAGACGUUCAUACGGUGCGCUAGUGCAUGCUGCCGCGCGGGGUCGACCUGUUUCAUACAUGAAGUGGAUUGUCAUGAAAUAUGCUGAAAUUCUCAUUGCUCUUGGAGACAUACAAUUCCGACGAGGCACAUCCGAAUGUCUUCCAUUGGCCACUCAACGAUACAUCGAGGCAGCUAGAGUACUGGGACCCGAGCCACCUAAUGUGCCAGAUCUUGGAAAUCGGAAAUCGAAAGUGCUGACGUACGCACAGCUAAGAGUAAAGGACAAUGCAUUCGAUGAAGUCUCAUUGGAUCUAGGCCUGCCAUUCUCAUUCAAUAUAGUACCAAAAGGGAACGCUACAGUUUCGAGCACUGAUCCAAGAAUGGAGAACAUCACUUGUGUCCUGAAGACAGAUUAUUUUUCCAUUCCCUUGAAUCCCAAAUUCAAGACAAUGCGGAGCCUAGUGCAGGAACGUCUUUUUAACAUUCGAAAUUCCUUCGAUAUUCAAGGAAAGCCGGUGGUCUACGCGCUGAGAGAUCCACCCAUUGAUCCUGGAGACUUGGUGGCCCUCGGCAAGCAAGGUCUCAGCAUAUCUGAUGUGCUGAGCAUGAUUUCUGGCGAAAGAGAUGGUCCACUAACCAACCAACGUUUUGCAACUCUCAUGGGCGCAGCUUUGAACUUGUGUACCGAAGUACGCUCGCUGGGAGAAAGUCUCUUGGCAGCAAUAGAAAAAAAAGAUGCAGAGAGUCUCAAUAUCAUUUUGGCUCGAAAUAACACUGGAAUACAGCAAGGGAUGUUGGAAAUGAAGCAAAUCGAACUUGACGGAGCGCAAAAGACUAUUGAAUCGCUUUUGAUAGAUCGCAGCUCUCAAGAAGCCCAGUUAGAUUAUUAUCUCAAACUCAUCGGCGAACCAGAUACCAAAAUUCCCAAACCUGGCGACGAUUGGACUGAUGUCCCACAAAAUAUUGAUGUACAGUCAUCAGAUGAAUUGCGAAUGUCUCCUUACGAAAAAUUGCAAAUGACAAUGUCCCUAUCCUCAUACUCAAAGAACAGCCAAGCUACAGUCACAGACGCAGUGGCUCUUCCAUUGUACUUGUUACCAACGAUACAAGGGGACUUUGAGCCUCUCGGAGUUGGAACUAGCAUCUCAGCUGGCGGGACUCAGUAUGCAGAGUUUGUGGCAGCCGGCUCUGCGCUUCUAAGAGGAUUUGCUGCACUAGAUGCCAGCCAAGCCGACCAAGCCGAUAAGAAGGCCAGUCUUACAGCACAACUGCAAGACCGUCGAUUCCAAGCCAAUAUCAGUGGGCGCCAGAUCAAAUCCAUUGACAAACAGAUCGAGAUACAGCAGAUACAGAUCAAAUCCAUCCAGAAAGAUCUCGAUAUGCAGAAAUCCCAACUAGACGAAGCUGUUCAGGCUGAGACAUGGUAUCGCUCCAAAUAUACCAACGAGCAACUCUAUAGCUGGAUGGAAAAAAGACUUAGGAACUUGUACCUUCAAGCGUACAACCUGGUUCUAGAUGCAGCUCUUCAAGCACAGAGUGCCUUUUCAUUUGAAGCUGGUCGCAAAUGCUCAAUCAUCAAACCAGCUGGAUAUUGGGAUGCUUCACGUAAUGGAUUGCUAGCCGCACAAGAUCUAUUUUGGGAUUUGAAAAAGCUUGAGGCUACGCAAGCGGGAAAUAAUUCAGCGGACUAUAAUAUUACCAAAACUGUAUCUCUGAAAGAGAUAAAUCCUAUGGCCCUAAUGAAUUUCAGAAUCGCGGGAACUUGCGAUUUUUCAUUAGACGAGCUGCUUUUCGAUAUGGACUUCCCGGGCCACUAUAUGCGCAGAAUUCGAUCAGUAGCCGUGUCGAUUCCUGCAACUUUUGAAACCAAUUGCAGUGCCAACGCUAUCUUGACACUUUUAUCGCAUAAAUACCGCGUUACCCAGAGUGCAGCCGACUAUGUUGCUUCUCAAGCUGCAAGUAGUGAAUCAUUUCGAACCGAUCGAAUCCCAACGUCUUCCAUUGCCGUUAGCAAUGGUGAUGCAGACUCAGGGGUUUUUGAACUCGAUUUUUCUGGCUCGCAAUACAUGCCCUUCGAAGGUGCAGGCGCGAUCUCCAAAUGGCGUCUAGAACUCCCAUCACCGACCAGGACUUUCAGCUACGAGUCCAUCACUGACGUGCUAUUACACGUGCAAUACACGGCUUAUGAAGGAGGUCCAUCACUACGCGCAGCAGCGAACCAAGCUACGCUUCAAGUGAUGAAAGCGACAGGGGCGGAAGGGCAGCAGCAAGGGUUUUCAGCAAUCUUCGACCUCAAACACGAGUUUUCUGACGAUUGGAAGAGCUUCGGUGAUCAAUUGGCUUCCCAAACGGCGGAUUCAAAUGAUACACCAAGCAUGAAACUUGGAGAUUUGAAAAAGAAACUUCCUUAUUGGUCUCAAAGACAGGAUGCCCUGAAGGUUCAAAACAUCACUUUCAUAACUCACAGCCAAGAACUGCGCGAUAGACUUGACAUCCAAAGCUCCACGGGUGAUAGGACAUGGAACGGAAGCAAAAUCGGAGACUACUAUGUGAAGUCUUCGACUACUUGCAGUGAUACGAGUUUGAACUGGAUUAUCCAAGGAGGGACAUCCCCAACGAAAUGGGAUAAGAAGAAUUUCGAGAACGCGUUUUUGUUGAUUCAGUAUGUGUUUACAGGGACCGAAAUUGUUUAGGUAUUUUGUAAUCACUGUUUAUAGCUCAAUCGAUUCUUUCAAUUCGAUCGAUUGAUUCCCCCA